AUUCUACAUUUUCUGUAAUUAAGAACUGAAUCUGUUGAGUUUGAUAUAAAGGUCUCAUCUUUGGCUAUUUCUUAGAGCAGGACCAAAUGAGUGCGUCGAUUUUACUCGGGAAGUUAAACGGCGAUGAAUCAUCUACGGUGACCACCGAGGAAGACGACGAAGCUGUAUUUUCCGGUGAUAGUUCACUCGUAGACGUAGCUGAGGAAGUGUGGUCUGGAGAGAAUCUUUAUUGUUUUUACUUCGUGAAGCAAUUCGCUUACGACGACCCUGAGAUUAAGGCCAAGAUUGAUGAAGCUGAUAAUGAGAUUUAUCAUUGUAACACUAACCGGAUUCACAUUGCUAACAGAUUGAAAUCCAAAAGGGCUGAGAGAUUGUCUUUGGUUGCUUCAAUGGAGAAUUUGAUUUCAUCACUUGAUGAAUACAAUGCUGUAGGGAAGGAACAAGAAGUGGUUACAGGGAGAAUUUACAGUUUGAGUGAAAGAUUAAGUGAGAUUAAGAUGGAUAUUGAGUUGUUGGAUGUUCAAAUGGCUUGUGUACUUGAUCAAAGAGAUAAAGCCGUCGAAAGGAUUAAGUUCUUGAGGAUACAACGAGACAAAGGGAAUGCCGCAUUUUACCAGAGUCGUGUUGUCAUGAAGAAAGCUAUAGAAUUGGCUGCUUCUGGAAAUGUUAGAGAUCUUGAAGAGCUUGCUGAUUUUGAGGUUGAAAAAUUUAUGUCUCGUUGGAACAAUGACAAGGCUUUUAGGGAUGAUUAUAAGAAAAGAAUCUUGCCUUCAUUUGAUGAGCAAAGGCUGAAGCGUUACGGACAGAUUAGGAGCCCGGAAGGCGAUAUAGAUACUGAGAAUGGAAGUGAAACAGCGGGGAAAAACGCAAUAGAAUUCAAGAGGUUUAGUACUGAGGAGGAGAGUGAUGAUGUUAUGGAUUUUGAUAUACCGGUGUAUGAAAAGCAUGGAAAGGAGGAAGAAGAGAUUGAUGAAGAAACUUUGAAGGAGAAGAAACGAGAGGAGCAGUUAGAGAAAGCUAGGCUAGCGAUGGAAAGGAAGAGGAAACUACAUGAGAAAGCUGCUGCUAAAGCUGUCAUACGAGUUAAGAAAGAAGCUGAGAAGAAACUUAAGGAGCUUGAGAAGAGAGCGAAGAAGAAGAAGGCUGCAUUUAACUCUUCUUCUAUGAAUGUAGACAGAACAACUGAGAUAGUCACCGAGGCAUCAGAACCAGAAAAGGAGAAGCUAUUAAAUGGGAGAUCAGUGUUUCCAAAACAGAGAAGCUUUUGUUAUAGACAUCACGGAAAAGGAAAUGACGCUGUCCUCAAAGCCAUCAUAAAGCGUAGAAAAGCUGAUAGGUUAUGGGUUUGGACUGUUUCCUCCGCUGCAAUUGCUCUCCUACUCGCUCUCCUCAUUGUUUUCUUUUACAUGAUGACAAAGAAACCUUCUAAUGGAGUUAGAGGCUUUCUCCUUAAGCUAAGGUUUCAGUCAGAGACGAGAACAGCUAUGGCUGUCACAAGCUUGGCUCCUCCAUGGAUCAUCUUGCGACAAACUUUCCGGUCAGUGGCAGCUUCUUCUUACCUUCACUCAAAUCACAAAACCCUAAUCUCAAAUCUCCAAAUUCCCACUUCGUUUCCUCUCCGACAUUCAGCUUUGAGAAGAUGUUACAUUGUAGAAGCUAUAAAAGGAGAUGUAGAUUCUCUCCUCAAAGGAGUUGGAGACCAAGCUGUUGCCAAAGAAGUCAAGCAAAUUCUUGAAAUGGCGAGACGGGCAGCAUCAAAAAGAGAAGUUCUUCAUACAGAUUUCCUCACACCACCUAUUGUUAAGGAAUCAGUUUCAGUAUUGGAAAAAUUUGCUGAUGUUAAGAUAGUUGCUCAAGGAGGUUACCCUGAGGCUGAGCGGUGUAGGAUCUCGAUUGGACAUCCUGAUGUUCUAACUAAUGAUCCAGAUAUAGUUGCUGCUUUGAGUAUCACAGGGAAUUUCGGGUUUCAACCUUGUUCUCAUGGUGACUUCCUUGGCGCGAUUCUUGGCACGGGAAUUUCCAGGGAGAAACUUGGUGAUAUUCUAAUUCAGGAAGAAAAGGGAGCCCAAGUCCUGAUAGUUCCCGAACUAGUUGACUUUGUUGUUUCCGCUCUUGACAAGGUUGGAAAUGUUGGUGUAACUUGUACUAAGAUACCUUUGCUUGCUCUUGAAUACGAACCGCCUAGGACUAAUUCCUUUAAAACCGUGGAAGCCUCGUUGAGAAUUGAUGCAGUAGCUAGUGCUGGUUUCAAGAUUUCGCGGUCAAAGCUAGUUGAUUUGAUUAGUAACAAGGACGUUCGGGUUAACUGGGCAACCGUUACCAAGAACGGAACCACAGUAAAGACCGGUGAUGUUGUCUCCGUUAGCGGAAAAGGGAGACUCAAGAUUGGGGAGAUCAAUGAAACGAAGAAAGGGAAAUUUGCAGUUGAAAUCAUCAGAUAUCUUUAGAAAGAAAGCUGUAACAAAUUAUCAAUUAUUCU